GAAAACAUACUCUACCUAAAACCAGGACCUUGGCAAGUCGCAUUGCUGUCUGCACCCACUCUACUUUGGGACAUAGUGUGUGAUUAAAAAAACGAAACAAAACAAACAGUGGAUUUAGGAGCAAGUGGCUGAGGGAAAACUGAUAAACGGACUGACGAAAGCUGAUACCAGAAGUGGAGAAAGUCAACAGCCUUAUCUCUAAGGAGAAACCCACCUACCUCACACAAGGCACUGAGGGUGACUUGUCUGAUACCGAGCCUUCUGCGGGGACAGAGACAUCGGGGAAUCCAGAGAGGGACGAGUGAGAUCCAUACAAGCCCAGCAGAUCAAACCCCCUCAAACAGGCAGGGGACUUGCAGGUCCGGGAGGGACAGACUUUGGUCCUACAUAUCUACUAGACUCACAAGGUCCACUCAGAUGCCUCUAAAGAACUCGCUCUACUUCAAGUCGACGACCCUGCGGUGGUCACGCAAGCAGAAGCCGAAGGCCAUGCUCUCCAGCAGCAUGAUCAGCCAGCCGCUGGGCGACUUCCGCCACCUCUCCCACAUCGGCCUCGACGAGUCCUUCGGCGACGUGCCCGUCUUCCAGCGCAGCGGCAGCCUGGUGCUGCACGGCUCCCGCAGCGACCAGAACCUGUACCUGGUGGGCCCACCGCCUCCCAAGCCGCCCCGGCUCCUUACCCCAGAGGAGGCUGCCGCUCAGGCCCGCAGCAGGGCCGCCAGCCCCACGCACAAGAAGAGCCACUCGCUGCCCCUGCUGGACGAAGUCCAGGUGGUGCACCUGCCCCGCAGCGAUGAAGCGGACGGCGAAGUGGACGGGCUAGUCGGACUGACCACCAAACUGCCCCCUAAGGCCCAACGGUCCGGUCUGAGUCCUGCGGGGGCAGAUGACCUGCCCCUGUCACUCAACCUGGACCUUGGGCCCUCCAUACUGGACGAUGUCCUAAAGGUGAUGGACAGCCAGUGAGAAUCUGCUGAACAGCCAUUACAUUGGUGGACUGCUGUACAUAGACGUUAUGACAAACAAAAUGCCCUUUGGCACUAUGAACUGUACUGACGUAUUUGAUAAGGAAGAGACUGCGUUGAUCACUUAAACAGGGUGUGGGGAGAUGAAGGAAGUCUGUUGUUCUGCUUAUGAUUACCCACUUCCCAGCAAUUUGUAAAUGGCAUCUUCUUGUUUUUUUUUUUUUUUAAAGUGGAGGAUAUAGGGGGAAA